AUGUCGCUUUUACCAAAAUAUGCUGCUUAUGCACUAAACUCAUCAUCAAACAACUCAAAUCGGCACACAGUCGAAUUGUACCUUGAUUUGGUUUGUCCAUUCAGUGCUCGUCUUUGGUCAACUGUCGUUGUCGAUAAUAAACUUCCCGAGAAAUUUCAAUCACAAAUUCAAUUUAUAUUCCGUCAUCAAAUUCAACCAUGGCAUAUUCAAUCGACACUCGUCCAUACUGUUAUAAUGGCUGUCGCUCGAGAACAUCCAGCACGACUCUUUGACGCGAUAACUGCUUUAUUCAAACGACAACGUGAACUAUUCGAUGAACAUAUUGAAGAUAAAUCUCAAGUGGAAAUUUAUCAAAAGAUCUUAUCGAUUUUGCACGAAGAAACGCAAAUUCAACUCGAUCUCGAACAAUUUCGUAUCAAACGAACAGAAGCCAAUGCUGGAAAUGCUCUGACAACCGAUGUGAAAUAUCACAUUAAAUAUGCAAGAAAGCACGCGGUUCACGUUUCUCCAACUGUCUUUAUCGAUGGGUUAGAAGAUUCAGAAAUCAGUUCCAGUUGGACCAACGAACAAUGGACAAAAUAUCUUGAGAAACUUCAAUAA